AUGUGUUGCUACUGUCUUUGCUGCACAGUGUCCGACUUCAUACUAUAUGUCAUUGCGCUUUUCUUCCCUCCCAUCGCAGUCCUAUUUCGUUCCGGUCUGUUCUCAUCUGAUUUCCUACUGAAUGUACUGUUGACGCUACUGGGGUUCUUGCCCGGUAUGCUGCACGCAUUCUACUACAUCACGAUUACAAGCCCCAUAAGGAACGCCGACUACGUCUACUAUUACCAACAAGGCUGGGUGGAUAGCGAAAGGAACGAACCCUCGAGCCGUCCUCAAACCACCGACGCCUCCCAGCACCGCCAUCAGCAGGGAAGCUCCACUAGAGACGUUUAUCCAAAUAUCCAAACUCCUCUGCUGCAAGCCGCACCUCACGAUAACAAACAGUCUACUGUGGAAUCUCCCCCUCCGUAUAUACCAUGA